AUGGAGAAGACUCUGGUCUAUGUGAUGGCCAUGCUGCACCUCGGUUCAGACCGGCCUUUUGCCCUGCAGGGCUCUUGUGAUUCCUUUAUGGUCGCUAGAAGCUGUAGAGAAGAACUCUGUUUCAAGCAUUGCCACACACAGGAGUGGGGAGCAGCAUCAUGUGAUCAAUUUCCUUUCUGUAUUUCCUCAGCCUCUGUCACCUCUGGAUCUCAGCCAUCAUGCGGGUCUCCAGUCUACUCCAGUUGGAUUGUUGGUGGAACGGAUGCCUUGGAUGGAGAGUGGCCAUGGCAGGCCAGUUUUCAGUAUCUGGGCCAGCAUUUCUGUGGUGGGUCCUUGAUCUCCAGUCAGUGGGUGCUGACUGCUGCCCAUUGCUUCGAACCACUUUUACCCCUUGUUAACCUCGAGGUGCAGCUGGGAGCAUUCAAACUGUCCCUGGACAAUCCGCACAGCGUCUUCAAGAAGAUCAACUCAGUUUAUAUCCAUCCUGGCUAUAGUACUACAACAUAUGAAUGGGACAUCGCUUUGAUCAAGCUCAAUAGUCCGGUCAACUACACAGAUUACAUCAUGCCCAUCUGCCUGCCCUCCGCCUCCGUCAGCUUCCCCUGCGGCCUGGCAUGCUGGGUCACCGGCUGGGGAGAUACAGACUAUGAGGUGAGUUUACCAUCUCCUCAGACACUGCAGAAGGUUGAAGUCCAACUAAUUGACCAUAAGACUUGCGACAAGAUGUAUCACAUAAACUCAGAGGUCAGCGGCUCUACUGUCAUUGUGGAUAGCACUAUGGUAUGUGCUGGAUACUCCAAAGGAGGAAAAGACUCUUGUCAGGGAGACUCCGGAGGUCCUCUUGUGUGUAAGGUUAAUGGUGCCUGGUACCAACCCGGUGUUGUAAGCUCGGGAGAUGGAUGUGCCAAACCCAACCGCCCCGGGUUGUACACCCUGGUCACCGUCUCUCAGUCCUGGAUCCAGUCUUAUAUUCCGGAGUUGACCUUCCAAACUCUGACUAAUAUCCCGGAACCAACCGCAGAAUGCAGAGGGAACGUGAACAUGUCCUGUUAUUUGUUGACCUUUCUUGUUAUAGCAGUCUCAGUGUUCCGAUAUCUGCCUGUCAAAGAUGCAACAAGAUUUGUCAGCAAGAACAACAGUGGAAUUAAUUAUGUUAUGCCGCUGAUAUUUCUUGUAGAGAAAACACUAAUGGUGAUGAUUGAGGAAGGAGGGAUGGAGGAAGGUUCCCAUCUGGCUGGCAGCAGUAUGGAUAUUCUUUUUGAGGAGGAGUUGGAUGAGAAGGAUGAGAAAGUGGGACCUAAAGAGAAUUUGGAGCUGGAAUCUGUCGAAUGGAUAGGGGACAAGGAACAAGGACAAGGUGACAGUGAUUUUGAUCAUGACACUGCGGUGGACGCCAGUUCUGUCUGUGGUUCUCCAGUGGUCUCCGGGCGUAUAGUUGGCGGCACAGAUGCUCUGGAUGGAGAAUGGCCGUGGCAGGUCAGCCUGCUUUAUAACAUACAGGGGAAACUCUACCACAUAUGUGGAGGGUCCCUGAUCUCAUCCCAAUGGGUCAUGUCCGCUGCCCAUUGCUUCGGAAAUGAUAAUAACAUUUCAAACUAUUACGUGCUGCUGGGCGCCUACCAACUCCAAGUCAACAAUUCCAACCAAGCCGUAUACAGUCUGUCGAACGGUUAUAUCAGUUCCCAAUAUGUAAGUUCAAAUGGCGUUAUAGGGGACAUCGCCCUGCUGAAGCUCUCCGUUCCCGCCACCUACACCAAUGACAUCAUGCCCGUCUGUCUACCGUCAUCCACCGUCAAUUUCCCUUGUGGCAUGGAAUGCUGGGUCACCGGCUGGGGAGAUAUCAGCUAUAAUGUGAGCUUGCCGAACCCCAGGACUCUUCAGAAGGUGAUGGUCCAACUGAUCGACUACAAGACGUGUGACUCCAUGUACCAUAUCAACUCCACGACCAGCAGUUAUACCACCAUUAUCUAUAACUCCAUGAUAUGUGCUGGAUACUCCGCCGGAGGGAAGGACUCCUGUCAGGGAGACUCCGGAGGUCCUCUUGUGUGCAAGGUGAAUGGCAUCUGGUACCAGGCCGGUGUUGUAAGUUUUGGAGACGGAUGUGGCAAACCCAACCGUCCUGGGGUGUACACCCUGGUAUCUGCUUAUCAGUCGCUGAUCCAGUCAACCAUACCAAGUCAGAGCUUCCAAAGUCUGACCAAUAUUCCACAACCAAACACAAAAUGCAGUGGAAACAUGAACAUGUCGUGUUAUAUGCUGACGCUUCUCCUUAUAGCGGUCUCAGUGCUCCGAUAUCUCUAGCCUAUAACGUACAGGAUGAAGCAAUGAAGAAAAUCUUAAUGGUGUGUCAGAAAUUAAGGUCGUAGAAGAAUACAAUACAUGCCCAAAUCUUCAUCGUAGUCACGGAGUCACUAUGGAAUCUUCUAAGAGUGGACAAAAUUCAAAGUCCCCUAAGAGUGAAU